AUGCCAACCAAGGUAGCCAGUCGUGCUUCCUACAAGGGCCAGUUGACUGGGGUGAAGAACCAGAUAGAGAAGUUUUCCAAAAAUCCAAGCACCUUCAAGGAUCCCACCGUUGAAUUGGAGACUCUGAAGGACACCGUCGAAAGGAUUGAGAGAAAAUUUCUGGAGGUUCAGUCUCUCAUUCUCCAAGAAGCUGAUCCCACGCAGAAGGAGGCAGAGGAGGGUGCAUCUUCAACUUUUGAGGUCUCCCAGCUCCUGAAGUUUGUGUCCAAGCACUUAGAGGAGCAGCGUAGGCAGCGCAUCACUGAACAAUUCAGCACGCAUGGAAAGGAUAAACCUAAUACCCCUCCGCCGGCAUCCGGAGAUAAAUCAAACCCAUCUUCUUUGAGUUGUACUGAAGACGGGAGAGGUAAUUCUUCUCGAGUCCUUUUAGCCACUGCUCGUGUGAGAAUUCUCGAUUGUCAUUCCAAUGUCCAUUAUUGCCGAGUCAUUUUGGACGCAGGUUCUCAAGUCAAUUUGAUCACCACUAGACUUUGCCAGAGACUUGCCCUUCCCAUGUCACCAUCAAACUGUCUUGUUCAAGGGAUUGGUGCCAGUUCUCACACCACUCGUCACCAGGUGUCUGCAAGAAUCCAGGUAGAUAAAAAUGAUAGCAAUGAGAUCAUACCUUUGGAUUGUCUUGUGAUGAAGCGGAUUACUGGUGAUCAGCCCAGUCAGAACCUGAAUACAGAAUCAAUUUCUAUUCCAUCCAAUUUCGUCCUUGCUGAUCCAGAAUGGAACAAGAGCAAGCCCAUCGAUUUGUUGAUUGGUGGUCAACUGUUCUGGCAUUUAUUGCUUGAAGAAACCCACACAUUUUCCCCAAAUUCUCCUUUGCUAAAGGCCAGUGUCUUUGGAUGGCUAGUGGUUGGGCCCUAUUCCAAUGCAGAGACUCAAUCGUCAGCACGAGCCACUUCCACUUUAGCCAGUAUAGACUCUGCAAUUAGGAAAUUUUGGGAGAUUGAGGAGAUUCCUCAGGGUUUUGAGCCUGAUAAAGAGCAUAGGGAUGUUGAGGAAUUUUUCACAUCUACUACUACCAGAAACAGAAAUCAUAAUAAACUGUUUCAUGAUGCAUUUCCCUCAACCAGCACGCAUGGAAAGGAUAAACCUAAUACCCCUCCGCCGGCAUCCGGAGAUAAAUCAAACCCAUCUUCUUUGAGUUGUACUGAAGACGGGAGAGGUAAUUCUUCUCGAGUCCUUUUAGCCACUGCUCGUGUGAGAAUUCUCGAUUGUCAUUCCAAUGUCCAUUAUUGCCGAGUCAUUUUGGACGCAGGUUCUCAAGUCAAUUUGAUCACCACUAGACUUUGCCAGAGACUUGCCCUUCCCAUGUCACCAUCAAACUGUCUUGUUCAAGGGAUUGGUGCCAGUUCUCACACCACUCGUCACCAGGUGUCUGCAAGAAUCCAGGUAGAUAAAAAUGAUAGCAAUGAGAUCAUACCUUUGGAUUGUCUUGUGAUGAAGCGGAUUACUGGUGAUCAGCCCAGUCAGAACCUGAAUACAGAAUCAAUUUCUAUUCCAUCCAAUUUCGUCCUUGCUGAUCCAGAAUGGAACAAGAGCAAGCCCAUCGAUUUGUUGAUUGGUGGUCAACUGUUCUGGCAUUUAUUGCUUGAAGAAACCCACACAUUUUCCCCAAAUUCUCCUUUGCUAAAGGCCAGUGUCUUUGGAUGGCUAGUGGUUGGGCCCUAUUCCAAUGCAGAGACUCAAUCGUCAGCACGAGCCACUUCCACUUUAGCCAGUAUAGACUCUGCAAUUAGGAAAUUUUGGGAGAUUGAGGAGAUUCCUCAGGGUUUUGAGACUGAUAAAGAGCAUAGGGAUGUUGAGGAAUUUUUCACAUCUACUACUACCAGAAACAGUGAGGGUCGUUAUGUUGUUCGCCUUCCCCUAAACGAUAACAUCAAGCACCUGGGCAAUAAUCGAUUUUCGUCAGUGAAGCAGCUCUUGUACCUGGAAAAAAGGCUCAACAAGAACGAGGAACUCAAGCAGGAAUACUCCAAGGUAAUUGAGGAAUAUUUUCAAUUGGGCAUCGUCGAACUUGUCCCUCACGAUGAGCUCAAUCUUCCCUCUUUUUACCUUCCCCACCAUUGUGUGGUCAAGGAGCAUUCCACUACCACCAAAGUGAGAAUUGUUUUUAAUGCGAGUGCGAAGUCUCAAACGGGCUUAAGUCUCAAUGAUUGCCUGAAAGUAGGACCCAUCGUUCAGCCUACACUGGUUACAAUCCUUUGGAGAUUCCGUCUUCACCAAUUCGCACUCACUUGUGAUAUUACGAAGAUGUACCUUCAGAUUCAGCUUCACUCAAGUGAUCGAGAUUUCCAAAGAUUUGUUUGGAGAAAGGACUCAUCAGACACUAUCAAGGACUAUCGUUUUCGCACUGUAUGUUUUGGUGUUGCCCCAUCGCCUUUUCUUGCCACUCGUGCAAUUAAUCAAUUAGCAGACGAUGAAGGGAACAAAUUUCCAUUGGCAGCAUCUCCAAUUAAGUCCAAUUUUUAUGUUGAUGAUGGUCUAAUAUCUGUUCCAGAUCAGGGCACACUUUUUGAGUUGAAGCAGCAAUUAAUCCAAAUAAUGGAUUGUGCGUGUAUUAAAUUGGCAAAAUUCCGCACAAAUUGUGAUGAUCUGAAAGAGAUGUCUUCAAAUGAUCAGAAUGACCUCACAUUUUCUGAUCACAUUGUCAAAACUUUGGGGAUGAUUUGGAACCCUGAGUUAGAUACAUUUCAAUACAAAGUUUCUCUACCAGUCCAGUCCACUGAAGUAUCCAAGAGGCAGAUGUUAUCCACAUUGGCUAGGAUUUUCGAUCCUAUAGGUCUCAUUAACCCAAUUGUCGUGGUUGCAAAAAUGUUACUUCAAGAGGCCUGGAGCUAUAAGGACAUUAACUGGGAUACUCCCGUUCCUACAGAUUUGCAAAGGAAAUGGUCUGCUUUCAUGCAGGAUCUUCCAGGAGUCGAAACUCUGAGAAUUCCAAGAUGGGUGUCUGAAGUCUCCUCACCAGUAUCCAUGGAACUUCAUGCAUUUUCUGAUGCCAGUACACUAGGAUAUGGCGCAGCUCUGUUCCUCGUUAGUGUGGAUUCAAAUGGCCAUCGCUCAGCAAGGAUUCUCACUGCCAAAUCUAGAAUAACUCCUUUGAAACCGAAAGAUUCCGCUACUGUGGCUCUGACUAUUCCCAAAGCUGAGUUAUGUGGUGCUGUGAUGGCCACCAAACUCAUGGAACAAGUAUCGCAGUCUCUUGAGAUUUCGAAACGUUUCUUUUGGAGUGACGCUACUGUCAUAUUGUAUCAGCUUCAUUCUCCAUCCGAAAAACGAGAGAAAUUUGUUCGAAAUCGAGUUCAUGAGAUUCUCAAAUCAUCCGAAGCUAAAGACUGGAGAUAUGUGCCCACCAAAGAAAAUCCUGCGGAUUUAUUAUCAAGAGGUUCUUCUUCCUCCCAACUUAUCAAAUCUGACCUGUGGUGGCUUGGACCCUCAUGGUUAAGGGAGUCAGAGGAACGGUGGCCUCCAAAGUUCGAUGUUUUAUGCUUACCACCUAUCCAUGACAGAACAAAUAUUGGAUGUGUAAAUAUUGCUGUCCAAAAGAACGACUUUAUGUCCAUCUACGAAAAAUUAAUAUCAAGAGUUAGUAGUUUUCGUCGAAUGCAGCGUUCAUUGGCUUUUAUUGUAAGAGCUGUGUCCCUUUUUAAGCAAAAAUUGACGAGUAAAUCUUCUGAGCCAUUGCAUGGUCCCUUGACUCUGGGGGAGCUCAAGUACGCUGAAACUUUACUCAUCAGAUGGGACCAGGAGGAACAUCUUAGCCCUGUUUUCGCAGCAAUCAAGACGAAAUCAAUCAAUUCUGAUCCCAAACUUAGAUUUAUUCGUCAGCUCAGGCCCUUUGUUGAUGAUGAUGGUGUUAUUCGCAUCGGUGGUAGACUUGAAAAUUCUCCUGAAUCCUACGACAUGCGCCAUCCUCGUUUACUCCCUAAAGGAAAAUUGGCUGAGCUGAUAGCCAAGCAAUUCCAUACUGAUUUGUUGCAUGCUGGGCCACAAUUGUUGCUGGCUGGACUUCGUCAGAAGUUUUGGCCACUUGGUGGACGAAAUCUAACUCGCAAGGUCUCACGAGAAUGUGUCAGGUGUGUGAAAGUGGAUCCUCCUACUCAAGAACAACUCAUGGGCGAUCUUCUGGAACAGCGAGUGACUCAUUUGCGUCCUUUUAAAUCAACUGGAGUGGAUUUCGCAGGUCCCUUGAUUUUGAAAACAGGUUUCAGAAAGGGAACCACCACCAAGGCAUAUAUUGCACUCUUUGUAUGUAUGUCAACAAAGGCUCUCCAUUUAGAACUUGUGAGUUCGUUGACUACUGAGGCAUUCAUUGCAUCCUUGCGGCGGUUAGUGGCACGGCGUGGGAUUCCUUCUCACAUCUUUUCGGACAAUGGAACUACUUUUGUUGGGGCCGAUAGAGAGCUCAAAAAUCUUCUUACAUCUUCAGCCUCCCAAGAAGAAAUCACCACUUUUCUUUCCACUCUUGAAGUUCAGUGGGUGUUUCAGCCUCCCCGAGCGCCUCAUCAUGGGGGUUUAUGGGAAGCUGCUGUACGUUCCUGUAAAUAUCACUUGAAACGGAUUUUGGGACAAACUCCGCUCAAUUACGAGGAAAUGUGUACUGUUCUAUGUCAAGUAGAAGCUGUUUUGAACAGUCGCCCCAUUAUCCCAGUCUCUUCUUCAGUGGAUGAUCCGCCAUAUAUUACACCAGGACAUUUCCUUCUUGGUGCUCCACCUGCUCAAUUACCUGAUCCCACUCUUCACCAUUUGCCUAUCAACCAUCUAGAUCGCUGGCAACUUUGUCAAAAAUUGCAGCAAGAUUUCAUCAAAAGGUGGAAGAAAGAAUACUUGCAUGCCUUGCAGAUUAGAUCGAAGUGGAGUAAAGAACAUUCCAAUUUGGAGGUGGGUGAUGUUGUCCUAUUUAUGGAAGAUCAAUUGCCAUCUACACAAUGGCCAAUGGGGAUCAUCACAGAGGUUUUUCCCGGCAAGGAUGGCAAAACAAGGGUCAUCAACGUGAAAACAACACGAGGAGUUUUCAAAAGACCAGUCACCAAAGUUGUGCUUCUUCCAAAGUCUGACUAA